AUGUCCUGGCAAGAUCUGGUCGAUAAUAACUUGGUGGGCACUGGUAAUGUGGCCAAGGCUGCCAUUUGUGGAUUGGAUGGCUCUAUAUGGGCAAAAUCGGCCAAUUUCAAUGUAAGAUUGCUAGAGUCAUUAUGACGUCAUUCUCUUUUCACGCAGUGUAUAAAAGAAAAUUCUUGUUGUCACUUUUAAUUCAAUUUUUCUGAAUUGCUAUUAAAUUACUUAAGUUGGACGGAGCGGAGGCUGCGACCGCCGCCAAAGCCUUCUCUGACCCUGGAGCGGCUCUGGCCAAUGGAUUGAGGUUUGAAGGUCAGAAGUUCUUCGUUCUUCAAGCCGAUGAUGAGAGGGUUAUUGGGAAGAAGGCCGCCGAUGGAUUCUUCUUGUACAAAACCCUGACUGGUAGGUUAAGCACUGUAGAGAUUUGGCCAAAAUUUCGUUUUUUAAAAUUCAUUUAUGACUCACAACCAUUGUCAUUUUUUAUGGUCAUCUGCUUUAUGAGAGUACUGGAAUACUUAUUUCUGACUACCGAUUUUACGACUGGCCACUCAGAAUCGUAUUUUAGCUUUCAUCAUUGCCCUAUACGAUGCCAACGUGCGUCCAGAACAGUGCAGCAAAGUAUCAGGGGACCUGGCCGACUACUUCAAGAAGACCAAUUACUAA